CGUCCGACAAACGCGUGUUUCGUAAUGCCUUUCCGCCGUUUUCGUCCGAUUGGUCAUCCCGUCGCGUACGACGUCGUCGUAAAGUAAAAUCGUUGUAUCAACGGUCAUCGCGAUAAUACAAUUGUUUGCAGAUCUUGAAUCACAACACGGCAUUUUUUUUUUUUUUUUUUUUUUUAAUCGGUAUACCCAUAGAUGCUCGACGGUCGUGACUUUUGAGCUCGAUUUUUUUUCUUCGAUUUUGCGAUGUCUUUCUGAUUGACGGGACGCAGCUAUACAAUACGACGGCGAGCUCACAUGAAAGACGAUUGUCAUUUUUACCGACGGUAAAAAUAAAAUGUCUAGUCGUCAUGAGUCGUUCACUGCAGAAUAUUGUACGGGUGAAACAGUCACACUGUACAGUCAACAACACCAUACAAGAAUACAUCUACAAACUCACGCCCAAGCAACACACAAUCACAUUCCAUUAAAUCAAAAAGGGGAACCAAUUAAAUUGCCAGAUAACUUGGAGAGUUUGCCACGUGCUGAGCAUUUUCCUGUUCAAAGACAUCGCUGGAACACUAACGAGGAAAUAGCAGCAAUACUUAUCAAUUUUGAAAGACAUAGCGAAUGGCAGUCAAAAGAAGUAAAAAUAAGGCCCAAGAGUGGUUCAAUGUUAUUAUAUAGCAGGAAAAAAGUGCGGUACAGGCGUGAUGGAUAUUGUUGGAAAAAAAGGAAAGACGGCAAGACUACUCGCGAAGACCACAUGAAGUUGAAAGUCCAAGGAACUGAGUGUAUUUACGGGUGCUAUGUACAUUCAGCGAUACUUCCGACAUUUCACAGAAGAUGUUAUUGGUUAUUGCAAAAUCCUGAUAUGGUGUUGGUACACUAUUUAAAUGUACCGUAUCCGGAUGACAAUAAAUUAUCGGUAAUUUCACCAAGCCUCGCAUUGUGGGCUGAUCGUAAAGAGUGGACGAAAGACGAAUUACUAUCUCAGUUAAAACCCAUGUUUUACGAGGAAGACCCUGACCUUAGCAACGAAAUGGAAGUAUCGACGGCUGAGUGCGUAGCCGCUAUGGUCACACAGCUGAUGGAGUGGCAGAAGAACGCCAGGGCUACGUUACUUAGUCGAACGCUUGAAUGCGGAUGUCCGGACUCAACGUGUGCGGAUGGACAAUCGUGCUCGCGCCCGAUCAGACGGAUUUCUCCAUCAGAUAGCAAUCAGGUGUCAUCAACGACUGGGAAUCGAUCGCGUCCCGGUACAAUGUUGCUCACCAACCACCACGUUAAUUCGUCCAGGACCACGAUGAACACAUUAAUGAUCGCUAAUCACGCCAAUCAUAAGCAAGCACAAAGUGGACCAACCUCCUUGAACACUACAAUGAAUAACAACUUGUUGUCGAAUUCCACAAGGGAUUUUCGCAAUCAACCACAACAACAGCAACCGCAACAACAACAAAUAAUACUCAAGCACGAUUGCAGAGAUAACAAUCAAAUGUUGAACAACAGACAACCACCAAUCAAUGUGACAGACAAUAAUCAUAUACCUACAACAAUGAUUUCAUAUAAACCACAAGGUUCAGACGAAGUGAUUCACGUGUAUACCGAAAAACAAACGUAUCACACUUCACAAAAUCAGGACGAUAACACUGUACAUCUGUUCCAUGGACAAGAUCACUUAAAACAACAGUCGGAUCACGUUAAAUCAGAAUUCUAUGAUGUCACGUUAGAUUUGUCCCACGACGACAUACAACAGACGCUUUCAGCCAACAUGCCAGUUUCGUGUGCCAAUGCUGAUCAGUUAUUACGGUUGGAUGACGACCAUAGUAAUAAAAAUUUAGAUGGUACUGGAGACGAUGUAUUUGUAAGUCUUGAUGCAUUUGAUAUGCUUACUGACUUCCAAGAACUUGAUAUCCUAGAACAUGCUACGCAACAUGCUUCAAAUUUGGUUACGGAAAUAGGAACAAACGCCGCGGAUAUGCAGCCACAUGAGCAAACGCAAUUAGACAAUAUGGAUGUUCUACAAAUAACCGAUUACUGUCCUGAAUGGGCAUUUCCAGAGGGAGGUGUAAAGGUAUUGAUCACGGGUCCUUGGUUUUCUUCCUCAUCAUACACUGUUAUGUUUGAUACGAUCACAGUUCCAAGCACUUUAAUUCAAGGAGGUGUUUUAAGAUGCUACUGUCCAGCUCAUGAUAUAGGCACCGUCACAUUGCAAGUAGUCAUUGAUGGCAGGCCAGUAUCAACUACCGCCAUAUUUGAAUACCGUCAACACGAAUUUCCGUUAACCAUAUCUUCGUUAUCGAUGGCACAUACACCUUCUCUACUCAAGUUUCAUUUGCUACAAAAACUUGACUCCGUCGAAGAUUACUUACAGUCAAACAAUCAACAAACAGACCAACCAUUAAAAGAUAAUAUUGUAAUGUUCAGCAAACCCAAUUUUGAAGAUCAACUUGUAAAUUAUUGUGAAAAAAUGAAACAAUUCUCGUGGAAAUCUGAAUCCGAAUAUAAUGUUAAACAAUUAGAAACUGAAACUACUAUUUUACAUAUGGCAGCAUUUUUGGGAUAUUCUAAACUCGUGUGCAUACUACUUCAAUGGAAAUUAGAAAAUGUAUCAAUGUUUUUGGAAAUGGAAGUCAAUGUUUCAAAGCAAGAUCGUGAAGGAUAUACGCCUUUGAUGUGGGCUUGUAAAAAAGGACACAAAGAUACAGCGGUGUUACUGUGUCAAUGGUAUCAAACUGUUCAAAAUUCAAAUAACAAUUUUAAUCAAGAUUACUCUCAACCCGAUAUAUUAGAAUCCGUUAAUCAGUAUUUUAACGAUUUCAAUCAAAAUCAGUAUUGCAACAGUGAAAAUUUAAGUAACGAUGUAUUUUUAAGGCCUGAUGGAAUCAAUAAUGAUGUUAAAAAAGAAAUCAAUCAAACAACCAACGAAUCAAAUAAUCUAGUAACGUCACCUAAUAAAUCUGUUCCCAUGUUAUGUUCAAAAGAAGAAAUAACCAAAUCAGAUAAAAAUGAAAUAAAACCACAAGAAACUCAAGGUUCCAAAAGACCACUACCUAAUAGUUUUUUCCAGACAGACGACUAUUAUGAUCAAUUCUGCAAACCAUCGCUCUAUUUCCCAUCUAUUCAAAAGUUCCAAAAGAGUUUAUUUCUUCCACUACAAUCUCCUACAUCAGACAGCGGAAAUUCGUCAGAGAAAUCACCAGUAUUAUCAAAGUCUGAUUUUAUAAUUUGGGAACAUGAUAUUCGUGUUUUAACAUUAGCUGAACAGUUCAUAGCGGCUAUGCCUGAUCAUAUUAAGAAUGAAAACGGGUCACAUGGUAAAAUUGUAGAAUCAUCAAUCAUUAGAAUGGAAGUGCUUGACGAUCCUCCGUCAUCUGUGUCGUCGUGUUGUUUUGAUACAAACUCUGAAAUUAACACGGAAUUCAACGAACACAUUUAUCAUUAUCGGCAAAAAGAUCGAGAAAUAGAAACACCUACGUCAAGUACCAGUUUAACCUUAAGUCCAGUAUCCAGUGCAUCACAAUGUUCACCUGCUUCACCGCCACCGACUGCCGCAGAUCUAUGUGAAUUUCUCCACGCCUCAUCAAACAACCAAUACUUUGAAAAGAAUUUUUCAAAUCUUACACUGUCUGAUUACGAACAACGUGAGUUAUACGAGGCAGCUAAAACUAUUCAGAAAGCAUACAGGACGUACAAAAAAAGAGAAGAAGACAAAGAAAUUUCAGCUGCUUCCAUCAUUCAAAACUAUUAUCGCCGUUACAAACAAUAUGCAUAUUACAAGCAGAUGACAAAAGCUGCGAUUCUAAUUCAAAAUAAGUAUCGUGUAUACAGAAGACAUAAGCGGUUUAAAAAUGACACUUCUCAUUACAUUAAUAACACUUUCACUGUCAUUAAAAAAAAUCAAAAUCAAAAACGUCAAAAUCAAGCAGCUCGAAAAAUUCAACAAUUUAUGAGACAGUCCAAGAAUGGUACAUCUCCUCCUGUCACUAUCAACGAACGGACUUUUGGAUCUCGUAAACGGGAAGCUAACGGCAAUCACAACAUGAAAUAUCCACCGACAAAAGUGGCCCAAUACUCGACAUUCAACCACCAUUGAUGCCUGACGUUGCACCGCCGUUUAUUAUAUAUUAUUAUAUUAUGUUAUUGUAAAAUAUUAUGAUUAAUAGCUUAAAAUCUUAGGCUUCAGUAUAUGUAGUAUAGUUACUUAUUGACAGCGUUUUAAUAUUGUUUAGUAUCGAUGUACGUAAAUUUCUUCCGGACAGUAUUAAUAUGAAGACGUCGUAACGGCGUGUUUAAAACAAAACACGUACCUAUAUUCACUGUUAUAGGAUGUAUAGGUAGGCACUUUAAAGUUAUUAAAAUUGUACAUUAAUAAUAAUAGGUAUGUUAAAAACGUCGGCGGUCGUGCGUCUUGGAACGAAUGUGGUUCCACCCCCUACCCCUGUAAUUCACGUACCAAGGUAUACACCGCAAUCGCAUUGGUUGGUACCUAUAUAUAUAUUAUAUAAUAUAUACAUAAUAUUUUGUUUUCGUACACCGCUUUAUUCGAUGUACUGUAUUUUAACGUUUAUAUAUUAUUAUUAUAUUGUCUACUAUUAUUAUUAUUAUCGAAUCGAUUUUAUUUUAAUCGUUUGAUAUUUACUUCAUCGUAUACUAUUGUAAUGUUUAUAUAUUAUUAUUAUGUAGUUAUUUUUGUACACACACACAUACACACACACACACACACACACACAUACACACACAAUUAAUAUUUUAUGAUCAUUUGACGAACUCGCGGUGGGUAAAAAAUAUGGACGUUUUACCGGGGGCAUAGAUGAUUAUUGUUAUUAUAUUAUAUUAUUACUAUAAUAUCAUAAUAUUAUAUUAUGUAUAUUAUACAAAUGUACGUACAUUUGUCCAUAAUGUUAUCAAUCAUUAUCAUGUAUACGAAAAUACAGGCUCAAAAAUACAUCGAACCGUAGCGAAUAGGAAUGUACAGGAACGGUACACAUCAUAUAGAAUUUCUACAAUAUUUUUAUGUGAGGCUCAACAACUUUUUGAGUAGAUAUAGCGACGGAGUUUUCCAUAAAUCAAUGACGAUGUCGUAGGUCCGGGACCACGUGAUGCACGCACAGAUUUGGCUUUUGUUUUGAAAUAAUUAAAAAUCAUUACGCUUCAGAGUAACACGUUCGUCUUUUGUAAAAAUAUAAAUAUUACACUUCAUUAUACAACGGCAAUAACAACAAAGUUCAAAUAGGAAUGAUUUAGUUUUUAUUCAGAUAUCAUAGCGCCGCCGCACACGUAUAUUAUAAUAAUAAACAUAAUCGCGUGCAACUUACAGUGAUCAAUAUAAAUCAUUUUAUCCUUCACAAUAUUACUCAGCUACCAACGCGUCGUUAAUGCGACUACUUCGUGUGUACUUUUUUCGUUUACGGCUAAUCAUAUAAUAUUAUUAGCGUGUUUGUUACGAUAUAUUAAAAUCUAUGGUAUGACACAAUUUUAUAA